AUGGGAGCCCCAGGGCUAGCCGGGCUGCGUGUGCUGUCCUGGAGGCUUUCAGCAGAAGGGUCCUGGAGGGGAGGAGGCCUGCUCCCCCGCGCUCCUGUGCCAGAGGCUCCUGACGCCUAUGGGAAGCGGCGCUCACAGCCCCGCACGCCCUGGCCUCUUGGCAGGAAGAAGAACGAGAAGCUGGAGCUGCUGGUGGGCUGCAUCGCCGAGCUGCGGGAGGCGGAUGAGGGGCUGCUGAGGGCCGGAGAGAACGACUUCAGCAUCAUGUACUCUACCCGCAAGCGGAGUGCCCAGCUGUGGCUCGGCCCUGCGGCCUUCAUCAACCACGACUGCAAACCCAACUGCAAGUUUGUGCCCGCAGAUGGGAACGCAGCCUGUGUGAAAGUGCUCCGGGACAUCGAGCCAGGGGACGAGGUGACAUGCUUCUAUGGCGAGGGCUUCUUCGGCGAAAAGAACGAGCACUGUGAAUGCUACACCUGUGAGAGGAGAGGUGAAGGAGCUUUCCGACUGCGGCCCAGGGAUCCUAUGCUGCCACCACGGCCCCAGGACAAGUACCAGCUACGGGAGACCAAGCGGCGGCUGCAGCAAGGCCUGGACGGAAGUGGGCGGCAAGGCCUGCUGGGCCCGUGGGCCUGUGUUCACCCGUCCCCUCUGCGCCGGGACCUGUUUUGCACUGCCUGCCAGCCCCUGCACCUGCCACCUUGUGGCACCCGCCCAGACAGCUUGCCCCUGUGGCUCCAGUGGCUGCCUCAGCCCCAGCCCCGAGUGCACCCCCGGAAACGCCGACGCCCCCGGCCCCGGCAGGCCCCAGCACCCCCCAUCCCCCAUGCCCGUGUCUCCCUGCACCGAUGGGGAGGCUGUGGCCCCCACUGCCGCCUGCAGGCAGAGGCCUUGGUGGCCCUGGGCCAGCCUCCCCGUGCCCGCUGGGCCCCCCAGCAGGACUGGCACUGGGCCCGGCGCUAUGGGCUGCCUUAUGUGGUGCGUGUGGACCUCAGCCGCCUGGCCCCGGCCCCACUAGCCACCCCUGCCCCCACUAGCACCCCAGGCCCCAUCCUGGUCCCCAAACAGGCCCUCGCCUUCACCCCAUUCUCCCCGCCCAAGCGCCUGCGGCUGGUGGUCAGCCAUGGCUCCAUCGACCUGGAUGUCAAUGAAGAAGGGCUGUGAUGGGCUGGACUCGGGGUGGGGGAGCCUGGGCAGGAGAGAGGGAGCUCUCUCCUAGCUCCCCCCACCUCCAGAAAAAGCCCUUGGACCUCUGGAGGGAGCUGACCCUUGACCUCAGCACAGCUCUAGCCCUGGGCGGGGGUUGGUUUGGACACCCCCAGGGAUCUGAUCCCUGACCCUUUGUGACUGCUGACCCCUGAGCCACCCUCACCCCACAGGGAGCCCUGGCCAUUUGCUGCCCUCCCCACCCCUGCCCAGCCUCAAGACUGCAGGAGCCAUCCCCUCUCUCAGCCCCUUCCUCCCCAGGGAGCAAAGCCAUAAGGGGGUGGGGGCCACCCCAUGGCAUCUCCCCAGAAGCCCAGGCCUCAGGAGGAGGUAGAACUGACUUGGGGGUGGCACUCCCUAAAUCUGCCCCCAUGGAGGGGAGUGGGUUUGCUCUCGGCUCUGCAACUGUCUAAGGUAGGGGAAGGUGGGGGCUGUCUGGGGGACAUGUUCUCCUCACUGCCCCCGAAGGGUCUCAGGGAGGCCGGGUGCGACCUCGUCUUUCUCAUGGUGCUAUCCCUGGUGCUACUGGGGUGGGGGCGCCCUCCCCUCCCCCACACCAGAAAGGGGUAUGUUGGGGGUUGGAAGCACUUGAACUUUUUAUUUUAUUUUAUUAAAACCUUGUUAUAAGGAGCA